AGUUUCCAAAUGAGGUUUGGAUUUAAUACUUCACUUCCAAAACCUUCCUCUUUGUAACGCUUUGGCAUUUGGGACUUUCUCUCUUCUCUCAAAUAAUACUUGGCGAAGUCAUCUCCUACCUCCCGCAAUCGCAUCCUCCCCCUCUUCUUAACAUCCUAACAACAAAGCAUUUGUAGUUGUAUCUCUAGUCGGCGCCGCCUCUGCAAACCACCUCUCGUUCUCUGCUGCUGCUUUUCUCGAAGGUCCACUCCAUGCCAACAAUGUCAGAAGACUCAGAAUCCCCGGUUUUCAAUAAGAUGAUGCUUAGUUUUCGUGAAAAGUGCAGGUAUUAUACUGGUUAUCCCAAGGAUUUAGGCCCAUCACGUGUAAUCCAUUUUACGUCAGAGCGUCAAUUUGUCCAGGUUCUUCAUCAAGGUCACCCUGUGGUUGUUGCUUUCACUAUAAGGGGAAAUUACACAAAACAUCUUGACAAAGUAUUAGAAGAGGCUGCAGCAGAAUUUUACCCUCAUGUCAAAUUUAUGAGAGUUGAGUGUCCAAAGUAUCCAGGCUUCUGUAUAACACGGCAACAGAAGGAAUACCCGUUUGUUGAAAUAUUUCAUACACCAGAGCAAGCUGCUGCCCAGGGAAAGGUCGCUGAUCCAAAUGUCACCAAGUACUCAGUGAAAGUCCUGCCUUUCAGUCAUGACCUCAGUAAUUAUGGAUUUAGAGAAUUUUUCAAGCGCCACCGAAUUCAAAUACCUAACCAGGAGUGAGCUUAAUGAGGUUAUAGUUCUCUGCUCUCCAGUUCUUGUUGAGCUUCACCGUGGACUGUGAACAGCACUGUUUGUGGCGUGUUUUGGGCCUUUUGCAGUUGCUUAAUUCACUGUACCAUCAUUGCAGGAUUAGAGACCCUCGAAUAAUUUUUCCUGAAUAUUUGACCAAAACUGUCUAUGGGGUGGAGAAGCUGAAUUUUAUUUAUUGGAAAAGUACAUAACACUUCCUCCUGCUACCUGAAGCUGAAAUCUCGGUCUUUGCGUUGUUGCCCAGAUUGGCUUUUUCAUGUAAUCUAUCACGCAAUUGUAACCUCUACUUGAAGGGAAUUUAGCUGGUGAAUCCUUGUGCUCUGAAAGGUGGUAGUAUAAUUAUUAGGGUUGUAUUGGGUAUUAUGUUUUGGCACCCUUUUUCCAUAUUUUUCAAGUUAUCGCCGGGAAUGAAUUAGAAAAAUGUUAAUGAUGCUGAA